GUAUGGAUGGAGCCGGCACAGACCCAUGGAUUGCCGUGUGGGUUCGCCGCAGAUGCCCCUCCUUCCCCUCCAUGCCCCGAGCUCCUUGGGAAAAUGUAAUUGACGCUGUUGGUUGCCGAGACUCGUCGGAUCACUGCACCUCCCCCGUUCAGCCUACCUUACCAUCCUUACCUUUUUUUCCCUACUAGCCAAUUGAGGAGCUUCUGGACGAGGCUCACCCUCUCGCUCUCGUCUGGUUCGAGAGUUCGAUUGGAAUCCCAGCUUACGCACAAUCCCUAGGUCUCGACAAAAUCGCCCAACCGGAACUUGGUCGUCCUUGGGAUCGAGUCAGUCAGAGACGCCAUUUGUACGCAACGCAUCCGAUACCGUAACGGUUGUCUAGAUUGCCAUCCCUCUCUCAUCAUCGCUGGAGCGGCCCAAUACGAAAUAAAAAGGCGCACAUCAUGAUUGAAAUUCCUCUGGAUCACGGCUCGUUAGAGCACCUCCUCCCAGCCUCGUGGAAGUCCCAGGUCACCGCCUGGCUCGCCGAGGACACGCCCUCCUUCGACGUGGGGGGCUUCGUCGUUGGCGAUCACCCACGCACGGCGACGCUCUGGGGCAAGUCAUCCGGCAUCCUCGCCGGCGUCCCCUUCUUCAACGAGGUGUUCGCCCAAUGCGGGUGCACGGUCGAAUGGCACGCCCGCGAGGGGUCGCACAUCGAGUCGCACGGUGACAAGACGGCGCUGGCGACCGUCAAGGGCCCCGCGCGAGGCAUCCUGGAGGGCGAGCGGGUGGCCCUCAACAUCUUGGCGCGGUGCUCUGGCAUUGCGACGAUGAGCCGCAGGCUGCUGGUCAACCUGCGUAGCGCCGGCUGGCAGGGCACUCUGGCAGGCACGCGGAAGACGACGCCCGGCUUCCGGCUCGUGGAGAAGUACGGCAUGCUGGUCGGCGGCGCCGAUACUCAUCGGAUGGAUCUGAGCACAAUGACCAUGCUCAAAGAUAACCACGUGUGGAGCCGCGGGAGCAUCACCCAGGCAGUCAAGGCUGCCAAGGCCGCGGGGGGAUUCAGCUUGAAGGUCGAGGUCGAGGUACAAAGCGAGGAGGAGGCUGACGAGGCCAUUGCCGCCGGCGCCGAUAUCGUCAUGCUCGACAAUUUCACCGGAGAAGGCGUCAAGGCCACGUCGCGGAGCCUCAAGGAGAAGUGGAAGGGGAAAAAGCAGUUCCUGCUCGAGGUCUCGGGGGGGCUGAGCGAGGAUAAUGCUGAACUCUACAUCUGCAACGAUGUCGACAUUCUCUCGACAAGCUCCAUUCACCAGGGUGUACGCCACAUCGACUUCUCUCUCAAGAUCAAUGUGUGAGAACAGGGACUGGCCAGGGAAAGUUUGGGGCCGAUCAGCACGCAGGAAAGUCCACGAGCCUGAUACACCCGGCAACCGGACAAAGAAAGAGGGAUUAUUAUGCGCCCUACGUAACAUGGGCUGCCCCUCGCUGUGGGUCAAUAAAAGCAAAACACGAAUCUCCGCUGUUUAUGAUUUGCAGAGCCUUGGCAGCUGUACUGUAUAGUUGGUGAGCUGCAUCGGCAACGGGCAAUUCUGCCUUUUUCCCCUUGCUCACCGCUGCUUCCUGGCUGCAUGCACCUGUAACAUUGAGUAGUGUAGUGUAACCCCAGAUUGCGGCAUCGUGAUCUGCGCACGUCUGACCGGACGCAGGGGUUGGUGACCAGGGACGCCCACGUGGCAACCAAGC